AUGGAUUCUCGAUGGUUCCAUCAAGCAACUGCCUCAAAUGAUGGCUUCAAUGACAAGAAUAAUGCUGGAAAAAAGGUGGACCUAAACCUGAAACUGGGUUUAGCACAUCAUGAUGAUACAAAUCAUCAAAUAAACAUAAGUGAUCUAUUCAAUAAGCCGGUCUCCAUGACAACUCCUAGCCUUGCCAACUUCAGUUUUAAUGGCCUCAUGACAACUCCAAGCCUUGCCAACUUCAGUUUCAAUGGCCUCAAAACCAGUAACAAGGAGAUUAACCUUGGACCAAACAGUGGAGCUGGAAAACAUAUUGGUGUAAAUCACUUCGGCCCAUUUUGCAAUCAGGAUUUUGUUGGUCCAAACACCAAUAUCGGCAACAACAGAGGAGGAAAUAUUCCUAGGAAUGAGGUUGGAAUGAUGGUUGGAGGAUUUCCCUUGAACGAUGGCCCAAUCAGCCACCUCAAUCCAUGCACGCAUGAAAUGGGGAGCCAAUCCGAUUCAAUAAACUUAAGCAGUAAUGGAAUCGUGGCUCAAAAUACCAACCCUGUGUUACGAGCUGCUCACUCCUCCAGGCAGAAUCUUCUAUUUCCACCAGCUACUUUGAAAAAUCGUGUGCUUUUGGAUUUCUCACCCAAGAACAGUAAGACUGGAAUCUCCUCCAGGACCAACUGGAAAUAUUCUAGGCGUCAACCUGAAGUACGUUAUUAUAAUCUUUACAAGACAUGCAGUGAUGCUAACUGUGAGACGAUUAACACUCCGAUGUGGAGGAGAGGUCCCCUUGGAGCAAACACUCUCUGCAACGCUUGUGGGAUCAGAUAUAGAAAGAAUGAAGAGAGAAAGAAGGCCAAGGAAGCUGCCAAUAGGCCAGAUUGA